AUGGACGGGCCGCAGCGGUUAUCGCCAAAUACUCAGAAGCAGGGCCGCCGCCGGCGGUCCAGCAGUCUCAUCUACCAAGAGCCCCCCGAAUCCAUCGAACAUACCAGCGAUCAAGCUGCGUUGCCCAAUCUCAAUGCGAACUGGGUCAAUGCUAAGGGUGCCUGGACUAUCCAUUUCGUUCUCAUUGCCGCCCUCAAAGUCCUUUACGAUAUCAUUCCCGGCGUCUCACAGGAGACUUCAUGGACCCUCACCAAUAUCAGCUACAUGUUUGGCUCCUUCUUAAUGUUUCACUGGGUGCGGGGCAUUCCGUUCGAGUUCAACGGUGGCGCCUACGAUAACCUCAACAUGUGGGAGCAAAUCGACAAUGGUGACCAGUAUACACCUACGAAGAAGUUUUUGCUCUGCGUACCUAUCGUGCUCUUCCUCGUCAGCACCCACUAUACCCACUACGACUUGACAUAUUUCACCAUCAACGUCAUGGCCACACUGGGAGUGGUCAUCCCCAAACUGCCAUUUUCGCAUCGUUUGCGAAUAGGCUUAUUCUCCGACUUACCCGAGGAGUCAUAG